GGCAUGAUAAUACUGCCUUUUACACAUGCGUCUUCUUCUCAUCAUAUGGUUCCUUUGAUGUUUCCUUUUGGUGUCUUUGAAGCAUACGAUAAUCUAGAUGAAGCACACGACGUCUGGCGUUGCGGUCCAAAGCCACAUGACGUUUACCAAGAUGGUACUUAGGAACAAGUCUUAUACAAGAACUCUGGGCGUGCGGGGAAUAGAUGCUUUGUUUGUUUUUUUUGGCUUCUUUUCGACUUCCCUUCCCGCUUGCAUCUUUACAUGGCAUUGUGAUCAAGCCACCACUGUACGCUCAUCGGUCCGAGGAUCUCUCGACGGGCUUUGGCGGCCUUCUUCCACUACGCUUGGUCGGUCUGUGUUUUGUCGCUUGCUAUCGUGCUGCUUAUGUUGGGUCCGAGGGGUUUUCGGCAAGUACGUCCUAGGCCAGUACGUGUUGUUGACGCUGUCGAAAUUGUGCUCGGAAGCCAACAGGUAAACGUCGCGCGGCAUGAUCAGUUGCGCAUAUCCGUGGACAGCGGAGCAGUACAUCACAGAGCUGAUGCUGUCAAAUAAGUUACACUACUGUAUCCCAUGUCAGACCAAGUUUCGUCUUGAAGAGCUUGGCCUAGGGAUCAAGCAUGUAAGGGUUCAUUACUAAGGACUCAUGCGCUCGUGAUUGCACAUCUGUAG